AUGGCGUCAGGUACUUUCGAAGUGGUCUGCAAGGAGGGCCCUCUUACUAAUUAUUUUCCUGCUACGUGUCGUGGAGCGGGGUGUGUCACCAUGAGUGAUUUGUCCCCUGAAAAUUGUUACCACGACCAGCUGCAGAGCAAACGAGGAUUCAGUGUCCGAUCCUUUGGAACAGGGACUCAUGUGAAACUGCCGGGACCAGCACCGGACAAGCCGAAUGUUUAUGACUUCAAAACUACAUAUGAUCAGAUGUACAAUGAUCUGCUUAGGAAAGACAAAGAACUAUACACACAGAACGGGAUUUUACACAUGUUGGACAGAAAUAAGAGAAUCAAACCGCGACCAGAAAGAUUCCAGAACUGCAAAGAUGUUUUUGAUUUGAUUAUAACAUGCGAAGAAAGAGUCUAUGAUCAAGUAGUAGAAGAUUUAAAUUCCAGAGAGCAGGAGACAUGUCAGCCAGUACAUGUGAUCAAUGUGGACAUUCAGGAUAACCACGAGGAGGCAACCCUGGGUGCUUUCCUUAUCUGUGAGCUCUGCCAGUGUAUACAGCACACAGAAGACAUGGAAAAUGAAAUAGAUGAGCUCUUACAGGAAUUUGAAGAGAAAAGUGGAAGGACUUUUCUUCAUACUGUCUGCUUUUAUUAAAGCACAUGUGUCUCUUAGGCCUUAAUACAGAUGAGGGAAGCAUGUGUUUAAAGUUCUGAUUAUACUGUAUUUUCCUGGAAAAAUGAAUAUUGAUCUCAUUUAAAAACUCCUUUUCAGUGUCUUUUUGUUUUGUUUCAGGUAUUCUGUCACAGGUAGACAGAGAUGCUGGUUGGCAUUGUACAUAUAAGAUGAUUAAAAGUAUACACAAAGGCCACCUAUUUAAAAAUGAAAAUCAAUAUUUUCUUUAAUUAUUGCAAGUAGGUUUUUAAUUAUAAAGAGAAUGUUUCUUGAAUAUAAGUUUAUAAUGUAUUUUUCCAGCUCUACAAAUUUAUUUUAUUUCACUUGUGGGUUCGUUUUUCUUUUUUUAUUAUUAUUUCUAUUUUGAUGUGACAGAAUGGCUGAACUAUGUGAGGAGAUGAAUGGAAUGAUGAAAAAUGAGUAUCUGUAUAUUAUUAGAUAUAAAGUUGGAAGCAUACAAUAAAA